GGGAGAAACAACCAUAACAAAGCGGAGGAGACGAGUCGAAUGGAAACAGAGACGAAAUAAAAGAUAAACCAGACAGCUGCAGCAAUGGGCAAGUCCCAGUCACACUUGGCCAAACUCAAGGGCGAGAGUCAGGACGCGCUGACGAGCGCCGGCGAGGAGGAGGACGGCAAAAAUGGAGACGUGUCCCAGUUCCCGUACGUGGAGUUCACCGGCCGGGACAGCGUGACCUGCCCCACCUGUCAGGGCACCGGCCGAAUCCCACGAGGUCAAGAGAAUCAGCUGGUGGCUCUGAUUCCGUACAGCGACCAGCGGCUCCGGCCCAGCCGGACAAAACGAUAUGUCACAAUCUCCGUGGCUCUGUGCCUGCUGCUGUCGGGUCUGGCUGUUUUCUUCCUCUUCCCUCGGUCCAUCGAUGUUUCCUACGUGGGCGUGAAGUCGGCCUACGUCUCCUACGACCAGGACAAGAGGAUCGUCUAUCUCAACAUUACAAACACUCUGAACAUCACCAAUAACAACUACUACGCCAUCUCCGUGACCAACAUCACGGCCCAAGUGCAGUUCUCCAAGACGGUGAUCGGCAAGGCCAAGUUCAGCAACAGCACGGUGAUCAUUCCACUGGAUGAACAGCAGAUCGACUACACAGUCCCAACCACCAUUGCUGAUGAGAUGAGUUAUAUGUUUGACUACUGCACUAUGCCAACCAUUAAAGUCCACAACAUAGUGGUCAUGAUGCAGGUAACCGUGACGACCACGUACUUCGGACACGCGGAGCAGGUCUCCCAGGAGAUGUACCAGUAUGUGGACUGCGGUGGGAACACCACCUCCUUGCACGGGCAUGUGCAGGUCUACCAGAAGUAAGGGCCAGCGAGAGACCC